AUGUCCACGUUGCUGAGACGAAUUCGCAGCAUUGCGUUAAAUACCGUCAAUCAGCUUGUUCCUUUUGCAAGAAAUCGAUCGUGCCCUGGUAUAGUUGCAGUUCAGCAAAGGUCGAUUAGUUGUAGCUUGAGUUGCCAAGGUUUGAAAGAAUUUUUACCACAAAAAGGCGAUUUACCGGAUGAAGAUGGAAAGCUAAUUAUAGGGCGUAGUUGGAGGGCGAGUGAAUUACGCGUCAAAAGCUUUGAGGAUUUGCUUAAACUAUGGUAUGUCUUAUUGAAAGAGAAAAAUAUGUUGUUAACAUUACAACAUGAAGCUCGAAGACAACGAGUGCCUAUGCCUGGUCCAGAAAGAUUGAUAAAGGUGAAUAAAUCAAUGGCGAGGAUUCGCCAUGUAUUAAGGGAAAGGGAAACAGCUAGAGAGAAAAUUCGUCCAGCAAGUAAGAAGAGCAAUUAA